GCUUGGUCAGGAUCCCUUUGGCGUCAUGUUUUAACUCACUGGGUACCCCUUUGGCGUCAUAUUUUGACUUGCAGGGAUUCCCAUAGACUUCUGACCCGAGCCCGCGGCGUUGACAUUAGACGUGCAGGUAAGCAGACCGCAGUGUGUACGGCUCGUGAUAAAUAGAAAUAAAAAAUAAAAGUCUACAAUAAAUUAGUUAUGGCAGGGUGAGUCAAUUGGCGGCGCCCAGGUCAUAUUUAACUGAUUUUUUUUAUUUAAAAAACCGCUCGUUGCCCGAGUGCCGCACUGUGGUGCUGACGUCAUUUUAAGGCGCGAUCCCAAGGUCCACUGCGAUUUCCCACUCGAAAUAAAAGGGUACAACAGAAAUAUCAAAAUGCCACCUGUCCAAGCCCAUUUUAUUCCACGGAGUACAACUCAAAACUGCCCGAUCUGCUAACACUGAUGAAGAAAAUACUGGUAAAAAUGUAAGGAGUUCAAUAUUUUAUUUCUCUCUCUCUUAUCAGGUCCUUCAAAUUUGCCAGCUCCCAACAUUCUCCUUUAUGUAACCUACCUCCACACACACGCACACACACACACGCACACACACACUAAAACCAAAGGCACUUUUAAGAGCCAUGUCCGUCUUGUUAACCUGUACUUGUGUCUCUGUAGCUCGCUGUCUCUUUCUCUAUUCACAUUGUCGUAUCUGUCCAUCUUUCUGUUUCUCUCAAUAGGUCCUACAAAAACUCUCUUUAUUUUAACACACUGUCUGUCUGUUUUUUGUUUUUGUGUAUAUUUUGUAUACGUUAUAUUUCUUGUCAAGCUAUGACAAGGCCCAAAUUUCGGCCCUGCCCAUUUUGCCAGACUCCCAAUCAGGCAAGCAGGAAAAGUUGUUAUGUCUGCUUGGGAAGUCUGUCCACUAAACAAAAAAUAAACGACAAAGUGGUGUCACUGGAUAGCCAGUGGGGGCAAUCUGUCAAGAAAAGCAGAAAUGUUGGGCGUAUAAUUGAUUCUGCCCGUAUUGCAGUAAGUAAAAUGAAAAUUUCUCAUAAGUGUUAUUUGAAGUGUAACUGAAAGCCCAUUUUUGUCAUAUGGUGUAUAUCAUAGACUAUUAGCAGUAUGAUGUGGCCUUUAUAAACUUAAUCUUAUUUCGUUCAAAGCAGACAAGGUAGAAGUUUUAGAAGUUGUGUUCUCUGUCAAAUGAGUCAGUCAUGUUGGCAAUAGUAGAAACUGAAAGAGUACUGGCCUUAUCUGAAAUUGAACUUUAAUCAUAUAAAAAACAAGAUUAAAUUUAAACCUUAAAAUAAAAUUGCUUUAUACAGUACUAGUGUAUCUAAUAAUUCAGUGGGUUUAAUGUGUAGUAACUGAUUUUGUUCAUUUCAGGUGCGGAAACUUGAGGCAGUGGGUUACAAGCCCAUUUUAUUUAUUGGAAAACAAAAUAAAAAAGCUUCAAAUAAGUGGGUUGCAGACAUAAUUACCCAUCUGCACCCCACUCCUGUCACAAGAAUUUUUCUGGAGAAGAUGCAAAGGGCUUAUGAAUUUAUGUUGAUUAAGGCAACCUCCACAGCACAGCAGCUGGACAGUGACAUGCCCAUAGCAGAGCAGCACAACAGCCCCUGUCAGGAGCAGUGCAGUGGUUCCAUUUUGGAGCCGGAGAGCCUCACCGUGGAGCUGCCGGAGAGUCUCACUGUGGAGCAGCCGGAGAACCUCACCAUGGAGCAGCCGGAGAACCUCACCGUGGAGAUGCCGGAGAACCUCACCGUGGAGAUGCCGGAGAACCUCACCGUGGAGAUGCCGGAGAGCCUCACCGUGGAGAUGCCGGAGAGCCUCACCGUGGAGAAGCCGGAGAACCUCACCGUGGAGAUGCCGGAGAACCUCACCGUGGAGAUGCCGGAGAGCCUCACCGUGGAGAUGCCGGAGAGCCUCACCGUGGAGCAGCCGGAGAACCUCACCGUGGAGAUGCCGGAGAACCUCACCGUGGAGAUGCCGGAGAGCCUCACCGUGGAGAUGCCGGAGAGCCUCACCGUGGAGAUGCCGGAGAGCCUCACCGUGGAGCAGCCGGAGAACCUCACCGUGGAGAUGCCGGAGAACCUCACCGUGGAGCUGCCGGAGAGCCUCACCGUGGAGAUGCCGGAGAGCCUCACCUUGGAGAUGCCGGAGAGCCUCACCGUGGAGCAGCCGGAGAACCUCACCGUGGAGAUGCCGGAGAACCUCACCGUGGAGAUGCCGGAGAGCCUCACCGUGGAGCAGCCGGAGAACCUCACCGUGGAGAUGCCGGAGAACCUCACCGUGAAACAGGAGAGCCUCACCGAGGAGCAGCCGAAGAAUCUCACAAAGGAGUCCGAGACUGUGUUUAUACUUAACCUUGUUUCUCUGUCUUCCCCACACUCUCCAACUUCUCUCUGUCCUCCCUCCUCUACUACUUUUACAGCUGUUCUUCCUUCACAGUCUUCUCCACCUCCACUGCCAUGCUCGAAGUCUUUGCGACAGAGGAAGAAAAGGACAAAAACCUCAAUUUGUUCACCAGCACCUUCUGCCACCUCUGUCUCUCCUCCAUCUCUUAUCCCCACAGAUCUCUCCGUUCCACAAUCUUGUCCUCCACCUGCUGCCUCUUCUAUCUCCAAGCCCUUGAGUCAGGAGGGGCCAAAAGUGAAGAAGAAAAGAAAGAGUUGCCUAAAAUGUAGUAGGCAGAAGAUCUUCCUAUUUGAUAAAAUAACUGGGGAAAGACUAAAGGAGGGAAAAGCAGAAUUGAAAAUCCAUUGGUUGCCUUGCACUGUGUGUGGCAAAACUUGGGAUGACACAUGGGAGCCUGCCAGCGGAUUCCAGCAUUUUUUGCCAGUGUCUCCAAAUCCCAACCUGCUUUCACCAUGACAGUAUACUCACCAUGAACACCUGGACUCGUCAAGCACACUUCAAUUCUGAGUGUGUUGUUGUUGUUGUUUUGCUUGCUGUUCUUCAUAAAGUUUUUGCACAGUGCAUGCACUCUUUUAGUAUUUUUUUGAAAAGUUGUCAUUUUAAACACCUUUUGCAUUUGUCAUGAACUGCGUAACUGCCAGGUAUUGUAGCAUGGAGAGGGCAUGUUACAAACAUGCUGUUUGUUAUAAUGGCAUUCCCAAAGAUAUUAUUUUUAAAGAUUUUUGCAGUGCAAUUUUAGUAUAGCAUAGAUGCAAACUCCUCACCUUUAGGUGACAACUCAUUUUUUUGAGAGCAAAAUAGGUGACCUAUGAGGCGGUUGCAGACUGGUCAUAACUAUUUAUAUUUACUUAUAAAAAGCUAGACUGGUCUUAUUUGUAUUGGAAAAGUAAGGCUGAAAACCACUUGGCAACUGCUAGCAAGUUUUGUAUAGAAUUUUCUUUGCUCUUUACUAAACUGUCUAAAAAGGGUAAAGAUGUUUUUUUGUGUGUGUAAAAUUACAGUUUGGACAUAUAAGGUAAUACAAAUAUUUUUAAAAAUACCUGGAAGGAUUUACAGAUGAGUAUGUGAAACAAAUAUCUUUAAAAAAAUCCAUGUGGAGCAUGCCCCCGGUUCUCACAUUUUUACUCCUUUACCUGUUUGCAUCUCUGUAUAGGUAAGUUUACAUGAACUGUCUGUCUGUUGUGCCAAACAUGAAUAAAAACCAUAAAAUAAAUAUAAUAACA